AUGCCAAAACGAAAGAACCCAAGUACAGGGUCCGCUCCCGAGGAGAAUAGUGUUAAGAAAAAGAAAACUCUGUGCAAAGCGACCUGGAUGUGGGUAGAUCCUGCCAAGAAAAAGACUGAGUCGAAGCCGGUAGAUUUCAAAGCGGUCACCGGUGCCUUAUCUCCGUUAAUACAACUGACUGGAUCCGGCAUACCUGGGCGCAAAAACAUCGCUGCGUUUGAUAUUGACGGCACGGUGAUAAAAACGCGUAGCGGCGCGAAAUUUGCAAAAGGGCCGAAAGACUGGCAGUGGUGGGAAGACAAAGUCCCGAGUAAACUGAGAGACGCUUACAAUAGCGGUUAUAAGAUUGUGUUUUUCACAAAUCAAGCUGGAAUUGAGAAGAAACAUGUAGCCCCGAAGGAGAUUUGUACAAAAUGUGACGACAUAAUAGGGAAGCUUGGAAUCCCAGUACAGGUUUUUAUGUGUACGGGACAAAACGAAUUCAGGAAACCAUGUGCUAUGGUAUUCGAUCACAUGGAAACCCAAUGCAAUGACGGUAUUCCUGUAAAUCGUAAGAAGUCGUACUACGUAGGUGACGCAGCUGGUCGGGCUAAGAACUGGGCACCGGGUAAGGCGAGAGAUUUCUCCUGCAGCGAUAGGAUGUUUGCAGCAAAUUGCGGAUUGAAGUUCUAUACCCCAGAGGAGUACUUCCAAGGUGGGGAGCGUUUACGAAAGUUUCAAUGGAGAACUCUGAACCCUACAAAAGAACUGAAAAACGCCGCUAGUCGAGUACCAGAGACGUAUCAUACGAAGAAGCAAGAGAUGAUAGUCAUGGUUGGUUACCCGGCAUCCGGGAAGAGCACGUUUAGUAGAAACUACCUGGUGCCGCAUGACUAUGAAAUCGUCAACAUGGAUACUCUAGGGACCCAAAGUAAAUGUAAGAAAUUAACAAAUCAGGUCCUGGAAGCUGGUAAAAGUGUCGUUAUUGAUAAUACCAACCCACAUAAAUAUAUACGAAAAGACUAUAUGGAUCUGGCCAAAGCUUAUGGGGUUCCCGCUCGUUGUUUCUGGUUCCAAACAUCACUAGAGUUGGCGCAUCACAUGAAUCUCUACCGACAGACGCAGACGCGGGGUAAGACGCGUCGUGUCCCGGAUGUCGCCUUUAACGUGUUCAAAAUGAACUUCAGUGAACCAGAACUAGCCGAGGGAUUUUCGGAAAUAAAAAAGAUUGAAUUCAUCCCAAAAUUUGCCAGUAAGAAUGAUGAGAGUGUUUUCAAGCAAUGGACAUGUUGA